CUUAGAUUAAACGCACAUAAAUACCCAGUGAUCCCUGUGCUCGAUCCCAUACUCGGUCCCUCAACCUUCAGCCUCCAGAGAUGACUAGAUUUCUCCUUCUUCUGCUGGCUGCCGCCUUCAUUUCUCGGUCGGCAUGUGCCGACUCUGAAGUCCUUAGCCCCAGCAGCCCCCAGGUGCAGCAAGUGGCAAAUUUUGCUGUUGAAACCUACAACAGGAUGAACAGUUAUGCCUAUGCCUACAGAGUGAUGGCCAUCCAGUCUGUCAGCGCUCAGAUUUACCCUCCUUCGUACAUGAAAUACACCAUGACUGUGGAGGUAGGACAGACCAUCUGCAAGAACCAACCCAAUGUGAACCUGAAGGAUUGCAGCCUGCAGAGUUCAGGAAAGACGAUGACCUGUCGCUUUGUUGUGCUGGCUGUGCCGAACUCUGAUUUCUCAAGCCACCUCCUGGAGGAUCAGUGCCGCUAAUGUAGCCUUGGCAUUAGGGCUCUCUGGUGCAAUAGAGGACCCUGAAACAAUACAGCAUAGUGACUGGAACACAUGCAACAGAAUUAAACAUUAAAAAGUUUGUCAGC